AUGGCAAAGUCGGGUCCAGCAAUGUUUCGAAACAGGUUUUCUGAAUUAUGUUUUGAAAUUUCAGGAACUAAUGUAUUUGCUCCAUGUAAAGCAGGAGUGUCUCCAUUUAGUUAUGUGCAAGCCACUUUCGAGGAUUUCAUUGCGUGGAUUAUUGGGCCAGAGUUUCAUAGUAACGAUGUCAAUGCAUCUCCCAUGUUGAAAGCAAGUGCUUUGAAGUUUUUCACUAUGUAUAGGGACCUGAUAUCUAAACCUAUAGCAUUGGCUUUGCUCCCUUAUGUGUUGCGGUUCCUUAAUUCGGAGUCAAAUGUGGCCCAUUCCUAUGCAGCAAUCUGCAUUGAGAAACUUUUGAUGGUUAAAGAUUAUAGUAGGGCAAGCUUAAAUAUGAUUCUUGGAAGGGUUUGUCAGGAUCCUAAGAGCCAGGUACUGAAUCACGAUCUGUUUGAGUCCUUGGCUGCUCUUAUUAGGCGAGCAGAGCCAUCUGCCGUUUCUUCACUUGAAGCCCGCCUAUUCCUGAGCAUUGAGUUCAUCUUAAGCCAAAGUAUCUGCGAAUUGCUCCCAUAUGCUCUCCAGCUUUUCGCACAGCUUGUGGAGCUUACUCCUGAUGCUCAGAGAUAUGAUAGGACUUUUGAGAUCAUUCUGACCCCCGAUUUAUGGACGAUAUCGGCUAAUAUUCCACUCAACAGUACAAUGAAGUUCGCUAAGCAACUCGUGAUUUUCAUGUCUCUAUUUCUCGUUAAAUUUGGUGCAGAUACGCUUGUGGCUUCGCUAAAUGCUUUCCGUGAUGACUUCUUCGGGUCCAUUUUGAGGGAGUUCUGGAUACCUUAUCUUGAAAGCAUCACGGGUUUUGCUGAAAUCAAGCUUACUUUAGUUGCUUCAACCAAACUUAUAUGUGAAUCUCCAUAUGGUCAAGAUCCUCAUAUUGCAGGGAGACUGCUGAACAGCAUUGUAAGACUUAUUUCGCUGCCCGAGCUGGAGAGAGCAGUUGAGGAUGAAUUGGAAGCUCCUGAUUUCAUUCAAACUGCCAUGGGUCAUGAUGCUAGCUUUGUUUAUCUAUACAAUAUUGGGAAGAAAGAAGAUGAUCCUUUGAAAGAAGUUAGGGAUCCUAGGGAGUUUUGGCUCUUUCCUUGGCUAAAUAUUUUGCUGCUUAAUAUUGGAUGGGUACUUCGAUUGUUGAUUGGCUUGACCAGGCUUCUCAGGCUUCAUUAUCUCAACUUGGCAGAGCUUCUAACCUGCCUUUAGGUUAAGAAGAGCUCUCUCUGUGUUACUCUAUAAAGUAUUCCAACAUUCAUCCUGGUGCCGGGCAGCAAUCGGUAUAUUGGGGACGGUAUCAUCUUGAUGUCAUUUAGCGACCUGGUUAGACUUGCGCAAAAGCUACAAAGAACGAUGCCAAGCAAUUUUGAAUUAUUCUUGAGUUUUGUUUGUUAGGGAAAGAGAAAAUUUAUAGCAGUUGCGCCAGUUUUGCUUUGGUGCUCUUUGGUCCCUUGAUUUCCGGUCCAGGACUGAGUAAUUAGGAAAGGCCCAAACUACGGGGAUUAAGUUUAGUCAAGUUGGAUGGGUGCAAAGGUUUUGUCAAACAAUGC